AUGGACCAAUUGACAUUUCGGACCUUUUGCCUCACCCGACUACCAUAUCAAGACACGUUGAAAAAAGUACUAAAGAAAUCAGAAACAAACUUUUUAAAGAUCUAUUUUUUUAUUAUAAACAAAAAAUAUUGUGCUUCAACCUGUGAUAUGUGGACUGAUAAUUAUCGUAAGAAUAGUUACAUGUCGGUAACUCUGCAUUACAUAGAUGAUAAUUGGGAAUUAAACUGUCUUCUACUUAAAACUGGUUUAUUUCCAAGUAAUGAAGUAAAAACGGGUGACAAUAUAAAACGUUUCAUGUUGAAUUUUUUUUGUGAAAUAUCUGAUGCAGCAGAUGAGCCAACAUUUGAUUUAAUGUCAAAUAUAACUUUUGUUACCGACCAAGGUUCCAAUAUGUUAACAGCUCUCAGAAAUAACAAUAGACUUAACUGCUGUGCUCAUUUAAUUAAUACUGUAUUAAGAAAUCUGUUUGAUUCAAAAUUUUUGAAUCAUGAAGGAGACGGUAAUAAACUUUUGAAUCCAGUAGUGAUAUUACUAAACGAAUGUAAACAUUUGGUAAAAUUUAUGAAAAGCUCGGGUAAAAAUAGUGAACUUAGUCAAGGACUUGUACAAGAAGUUGAAACGAGGUGGAAUACAAGGCUUUUAAUGUUUCAAUCAGUGAAAAGAGCACUUCCAGAAAUAAUUCAACUAUAUGGAGAACAUUUCAAUCGUAUACAAAAUAUUAAUACAGAAUUACUGGAAAAAAUUACAAUUUUUUUGGAACCAUUUAAAAAAGAAUCUGAUGAACUAGAGGGUGAUAAGUAUCCGACUAUUCAAAAGGUUGUUUUAUACCAACUGUUAUUGAAAAAACAUUUAAAAACAUAUGCUGAACUUCAAGAGGACAUAUUUGAUGCAAAUGAAGAACUUAUACCCAACUCAAUAAUGCAAAAAUUAGGAAAAUGA